AUGUCUCGUUGCUUUUCUUUCCCACCUCCUGGCUAUUUGAGGAAUACCGAUACCUUGAUCGAAGAAUCGAUUAAGAUCCAAUUGGAUACGGAGAAGCCCAAUAAAGACAGGAAGGAGAAAAAGGACAAAAAAGAUAGGAAUGAGACUAAGGAGGAGAGGAAGUUGAGGAAGGAGAAGAAGAGGGAGAGGAAGGAGAAAAGGAAAAGGGAGAAAGAAGAGACUCAGAAAGAUUCAAAGCUCAAGCUUGUGAAUGAAGAAAAGGAACCAAAAGACAAUGUGAAGUUGCAAAAGGGUAAAUAUUAUGAGAAUGAACAUGUUGAGAAGAGUGAUAUUACGGAGGAACUUGACAAACCUGUCUCUUCUCCUCAAGAGCCUUACUCAUCUGACAGCUCUCAAAGCAGCAAGAGGAAGAGGGACACCUUGUUACCUAGCAAAGAUAAUGGAACCGGCAUUAGAAUUCGACUUCCAUUGAGGAAACAUAAAGAACCUGAGGAAGUCAAACGAGGGUUUCAAUUGGGUUCUUCUUCAAGAAGUGUUGGAAUUUCAGAUUCAACUACUCAGGAAUCAAGAAAAGUUCAAAGGCCACUGCAGGGUGUCACAAAAGUUGAGAACACAAAUCAGCUCCCUGGAAAUUCUGCCUCUUGCAGGCCACUAUUGAAAAAAGUUGAAACUCAUUCUUCCUCCCAAGUUUGCCGACCACUAUUGGAAAAAGUUGAAACUCAUACUUCCUCCGAUGUUUUCAUCAGACCACCACAGAAAAAAGUUGAAACCCUCCUCCCUGGAAAUUCUGCUUUCCGAGUUUGCAGACCACAACCAUUGAAAAAAGUUGAAACCUCUCUCCCUGGAAAUUCUGUUUCCCAAGUUUGCAGACCACCACCAUUGAAAAAAGUUGAAACCCUUCUCCCUGUAAAUUCUGCCCCCAAGGUUUGCAGACCACCAUUGAGGAAAGAUGAGACCCUGAGUCAGUUCAAUGCAAGUUCUGCCUCCAAAGUUUGCAGACCACCAUUGAGGAAAGAUGAGCUUAAUGUAAAUUCUGCUUCCAAAGUUUGCAGACCAUCGUUGAGUAAAGAUGAGACCCAUAAUCAGCUUAGUGUAAAUUCUGCUUCCAAAGUUUGCAGACCAACGUUGAUUAAAGAUGAGACCCAUAAUCAGCUCAAUGCAAAUUCUGCUUCCAAAGUUUGCAAAGCAUUGAAUAAUUUGGUUCCUGUUGAUGCUCCUUCCAAGCCAUUGAAGAAUUUGGUUCCUGUUGUUGCUCCAACAGCAAAUGAAUCAGUUAAUGAAGAAAGUCGAAGGAUGGAAUCUUUAUAUAACUCCUUACUUACCAUUCCACCGAUAAAGUAUGAUUGUUUUGAUUCAUUGGAUCAAGAUUGGUUAUUUAGAGCAGAGCCUGUCUCCAAGAAAAAGAAGAUUGAUGAUGCCAUUCAGUGUUCAAAAUCUCUAUGGCCUCCUAGGGCUCAAUAUAUGCCUGAGGUUGAAAUGUAUGCUUUGCCAUUCACAGUUCCAUUUUGA